UUGGCAACUCUACCUGUAGUAGACUACCAGUCAAAAUCACACUUAAUUGUUUUGAUAUCUCGUAUUGAAGUUAAAUCAAGUUUUUAAGAAUGAGUGCCAGUUCCGGAGGGUCCUGGAUCCACGCCAUCUAUGAUGAGGUAGCCCUCGAGGGUUUGGAGGGGGUGACAUUGCCCUAUCUAUGGGACCUGCUGGCCAGACGCCUGGAUUUUUUUCCAUCUCCGCUGCCUGACCGCAUUCGGGAUCAGACGUGGACCUUGCUGCUGCGCACUCCGUCCCACAAGAUCGAGUUCUUUGAACUGCCGGCGGACAGACCACUAAUGCCCUACUAUGAUCGCCUCAACGACAUCGACGAGCAGCUGGGAUUGCCAGUGGUGCCCGAGCAGUGUCCCUACAUGUUGUUCCCGGCCGCGUAUGUGCAAGAGGGCGACAUCAAGGGUAACUGCAACGACUUCAAGACCCGCAAGCCAAUCCCUUCCAGCGAUCUGCUUUCUCUUAAUGCCGCUCAAGCCACGGAACAGUGGGCCGGCAGGCUCGUAGUAGUGGCCUCCCAAGAGCUAAGGGAGACAGCGCUCACACCCGAAAGCCUCAUGAUGCCCAAGAAUCUGCCACUGCCCAACUACAUCUUCCUGGAGGCCAUCGGACGGUCUCGGUACAGCGGACACACGACCGCAGGCCCUUGGUCUCUUAUAAACUACAGCAAGGACACAGGAAUUCUCUUCUAUAUCAAAAACAAGUUGAUAAAUCUGCAGCUAAUUAUUGCCCAGAACUAUAACGAAAUGAACAAGGGACGCAUCCUGGUCUCUUCGCUGCUGAUGCUACCGCGCUUUUACCGCAUCUACAAGAACCACUCUCAGGAAAAUCUGGAAAAGCUAUACCUGGAAAUAAUGCGUACGCCAAGCCGCCAGGUACCCGUGACCGAAAUAACCGAUCUACUAGGCCGUCCUACCAAUUUUAAGACGAAGAAGCUACUGGUGACCCACGCCUUUCGUAAGUUCUUCGAGACUAAGCAAGUGGAAAGGCCCGUUGCGCCACUGACCAAGUCGGGAAAGCAGUCCAAAGCAACCACACGCAAGGUGACAGUGAUACAGCUGCGCAAUCCAAAUAUGCAACUGAAGGAUCUGUACAAGGAUGAUGAAAGCGAGGAGAAUCAGGCAUCCGAGUUCUUGGAUCUGGGCCACUGCUUUCUUGAUAUGCCUCCGGAGGAGGAAGUUUACCGCGCAGUGGCGAAAUUCGGCAAACGGGGUCUUAAUAGCAACGAGUUGUGCCAUUACACUGGCAUCAACGCCACCUCAAUGCGACACUUUAUUAAACGAGUAAAAAAACACGGCCUGGUAAAAGAGUACUCGGAGCAGGUGGGAAAGAGCCGGCAGUUCCGCUUUGUGGCCGUAGGACACUUGGGGGAUCUUACAAAAGAGGACGAGAUCAAGAAAAAGGCACUGGAGAUUAGGUGUAAGGAUGAGCCGAAUAUUACCGAAAGCACUGAUGUUCUGCUGAAGGACUUACCCGAGAUCGUGACGAAUGCCCGACCCAUAGCGUUCAAAAUUAAGAAGACCCGAGCGGCCAAUCAGACACAGCGCCAAAUCAACCGCCAGAAAAUGAUUGUGCGCCAGAUCGACCAGAAUUGUCUGGUGCCCCUGCCCCGGGUGUUAAGAUCUCUCCAGGAAACGGAGCGGCAGGCCGGCUUUAAGGAUAGCCUAUGCCGCCGCUCUUUGAUGCGCCUUCUGCGUCCUAUGGUUGAGGAAAAUGUUAUAAACGUGUUCGAGAUCACCCUACACUACAAUCAACGCGUUCGCGUCUACCGUUUCGCCACACACCCGAAAAUCGGUCUUGACCACGCGGUCAUGAAACGCGAGAUUGUCAAGCUCAAGAGUAACUUCCACUUGAUCACUGAGGAGCGCUUGAAGCGCCCAUCACAGAUGCCUCCCAAGGAGCGCAAGGAAUUACUCGCUCGUCGAAAACUGACGCCGGAGCGUUCAAGUGUAGUCUUCAAGACGCAGGCACCCAAACUUCUGUUGGCGAGGACAUUGCACGAGUUCCUCUACUAUUUGCACCACGAGCUGUCGCCGGAACAGAAGCCUCUACCCAUGACCGCCGAGCUUGUGCAGCAAUGGCAGAAGUCAGAACCGGCACUGCAACCGCGCCAGUUCUUCGACGAGUGGCAGGCGGAUGAAGUAAAGGUUCAGCCCUUCUCCGAGGACAUAGGUUGGCGCACUUUUAUACCGCCGUUGCCGCCCUACGCAGACAAACCAUCUGGCUGGCUUUACUUUAUGGAUGCCAUGGACAGAAUGCCGCUCUCGCUCUUUCUGCGCAUCUGUCGCAUCGAGCGUGAAGCCAGCGACGAGUUGCGUCUGCAGCUUCAGCAUCCCAUCCGUCAGCACUACCUGCUUUCCCAGCUCAAGCUGGAAACGAUUGUGCCACGUUUGAAGUUGCAGCAGCUUUACGUGGGCACUCUGCGACUUCUCAACAAUAUGGGUCUAAUACAGGUAAGCGAUCAGAAGUUAGGUCGUGACUCCCUGCACCGCUGGGUGUUCCUCAAUCAGCGAACAAGUUUGCUGGAUACGACUUCCAGCACAGAGCACAACUACAUGCAAGUGAGCGCCGAUCGCUCGUAUACAAAGCUCAACUUUGAGUUCUCCAGCGUGGAACAACUGGGCAACUACUGGGCCAAGCUGCAGCACAUCUGCAUUUACACGAAGCUGGGAUACCGCAAAUCGUUAAGCACGCAGAGAAGUCUACCGGCGCGUUUGAAGGUUCUGGUCUUCCAGCCCACGGUGGAGUUCAACCAGGCCGUUGAGCUGGACAACGGAACAGUGCCUGGUGAUCACCUGGGAGCCGCUGGAUUGAGCUCCCAUUUGUUUGCCCACCAGUUCCGCCACUGGUCGUGGGUGCAGCGCCAGAAUGGUGGAAAGUCAAAUGCAGCAAGGGAAAAGGCAAAGAGGACAGUCCGGAAGCGAGCUGUAAUCACGCGCCUGAAGAUUGGUCCCCGACUAGCGGUACGCAAAGCACGCGAGCUAUCCUCCGGCAAAACUUUAAAUAAGUCCUCCGGCCCACGAGACGACAUUGACCGGGAUGCCCUCAGGAAUAUGCGAACAUUGCGCGUUAAAUGGGCGCCAGAGGAGGAUCGUUUGCUCAAGAUGGGCCGGGCCGUUUACAUGUUCAUUGAUGCACCCACAAUGACCUUGGCCUUGUGCGACUUGGCUGUUGUCUGCCGCGAUUUGAUUCGCCGCUGGCUGGGCAUCUGCAACAAGACAACUCAGGCCUGCGUGCGCCGCGUUCAGUUUAUGGUGAAGAUGAAGCGCGACAUUCCGGACGUGCCCAGCUGGAUCUACGCAAUGCAAACGCAGCCACAGUUCAACACGGUGUACAACGAACGAUUUUUGAGCCAGCUGAAGCGAGAUUAUUCCAAUAAGACCGAUUUCCAAAACGCGCUUAUGACUCACUUUGCCCUAAUGAUGGCCAAACUGCAGCGAAUGAUAGCGAAAUCUCAAGGUUCUGUUAGCCGCCAGUUUUUGCUGCCCGACUCCUUGGACGCCUUUGGCAGCCAACUACGCGAGUGUCGAUCGGCGCACGAGGAGCAGCAAUUGCUAUUCCAGGACCCCGCUUCGGAGACGGAUCUACAGGUGGCCGUCGCUCAUGGCGUGUUGCACAGCAACAUAUGCUGCGCCAAGGACAAGACGCUGCUGAACCUGCAGACUUUCGAGAUCUACAAGCACUUCUCCGAGGAGGUGCUCAACUCAGCCUUCAACAAAGCGCGUGCAGAUUCGUUGCUAGUUGCGGUGAAGAGGCGAAACAUUCAGUCGGCUGCCAGCCGCCAAAUCUCCGGACCUGGUCAUUUGCUGAGCUCAAAGUACAAGUACCGCCUAAUUUACACCAAGCUGACGCACUUCCUCUACGACAGCUUCUUUGCAUUGGACCAAAAGCUGCGGGCAGACCAGGAGCAGCAGCUAUCCUCGCCGCAUUUCGGCCAACUCCUGGUGAUGGGCGAGUGGUUGUCGGAAAACAGGCUACGUCUUUCACUUCAGCUGCCCACAAAUAUCCUGACCGUGGACACCACCACCAUGGGCAGGCAGAGUGGUUGCCACUCAGAUCGAAUUCUGGAUCACUACAGCUGCAUCUUCGACAACGCCCCGCAAACCGAGUACUCUAAGCGGUUGGAGGGCGAGUGCAGUGGACGCCAAGCGUCGCGUGUGCGUUUUCAUCCGGCCAACCUGAGCUUUCGCCUCCCGACUUCUGCUUAUAACCAGCUCUCCAAACUGCAGCUGCGUGCUAUGCAUUUCUUCUGUGCACUGGAUGCCUUGGGCGAGGCCAUCACUUUAAGCCAGUCGCGUUUGGAGCAGUUCGACUGCCCCUUCGCCAACUGCAUUAUGCGCAGUGGCAACUAUUUAAACGCCGUCGAGCGGAUUGCCCACGAGCAGCGACCCAUUCUCCGGCAACUGGUGGCCGAUGCUUUACCAUCGCAGCAGUUCGAACUGGAAUCGCAUCCAGCGGGAACACCCCUCACAGUGACCAACGCCAAUCUUCUGCCGUUUGCACAGCAACUGGAGGCUUUCUGGCGACAAAAACAACGAACGACGGAGCUUAAGGAUUUGGGUAAGACGCUAGAGGAACGAACCCAGCACAAGCUCACCGACUGGCGUUCCAUUUGUGCUGAGCUGCUUGAUGAUGAGCCACAUGCAUGGGAGGCGGAUCGCGUUCAGGAGUACGAACCUGCACUGAACAAGGAAGAGCGUGCUCGAGCGCAGGAUGUGUUUGUAGUUCAUCUACCCACCAUUGCAAUGAAGGUUGUGGAACAGCCGGAAACCAAACAGACAAUUGACAGCCUGCGUACUUCGGUUCUCGACAAGGUUCUUAAAACUACCUACUGGCAGUACACGGAGAACAGCUUUGAAAGCCUUAGGCCUAAGCUGCACGAGAGUGGAUUCGAUGAUCGUGCCAUCCGCCACAUGGAGGACAUACUCUGUCACAUUGAAAAGCAUUCACUCGGUGUGAAGGGCCUGGAGUUGAGGAGGAUAUUUCCCCUGGGAGAUUUCCUGUUGGAAACUCUCCAUCUACUAGCUGACCACAAUCUAAUCAAACGAGUGGGCAUAGUUAGUGUCAUGUAUGUUCAUAAAAACCACAUCCGUAAUUGGGUGGUGCACACGUUCCACAUCAAGAGAUUGGAGCGGGAAAAAGUGCAGACCAUGGUGGCGGCGGCACCUGGAACACUCCUAGCCGUCGUUGGUCACAAGCGCAAACUGGAGGCUCAGGAGACAGCUAGCUCUGUUCCAGAAAAGAAGGUUAAACUCAUGGAGCAACUGAGCACUGAAAGUGAGAGUGACGAGGCGGGUGGAUCUGCUGCCAAGCGGCCAAAGAGGAUUACACGAAAGGAACCCUCCCUCGAAGUGGCUAAUACCACUCUGGAAGCUUCACGGGAUGCAAUUGCCAUGCGACCGCAGCCUUGGAUCCGCGUAAAUGCAUCCCUCAAUCGACGCGUCCUCGACCGCUGGCUGGGCGCCGUUCUCAGCGAGUGCAUCUCUCGUGUAGGCUGCACCGUGCACAGCUUGUUUCUCAGGUUCUUGCACUUGGUGCCUGUGGACGUCAUGUUCCUGCUGGAGCUUCUGCACGAUCUCGGUUGCGUACAACUAAUGGAGAUGCGACCUCACAAAGUGCACGUGGAAUCGCUGCUGGAUGAUGAACAUGAAGACGGUGAUGAGCAGCCAGUCACGGAGCUCUACGAUCCCAUGCAGACCUACGUUCAAGUGCAUGGCCACGCUAUAGGCAGGCUCACCAACUUCAUUGGCAUAAAAAAAUACAGCACUGAAUUUAUUUAAAGAUCACUCAUUGAUUACCUUGUCAAGACUAGUUUAGGAUGCACUAAUAUAAUGACCUGUCUCAUUGCAAGAU